AUGAAUGAUGACGAUCUAAUCGUCGUGAUCGGGGCCAUUGGUGCCGUGUUAUCCAUUAUCAUUGCCGCCAUUCGCUUCUAUGGUAGGCAUAUGAUGAAGAGCGGUGUAGGUUUGGAUGAUUGGUUUCUUCUUCUAUCAGUCGUCACACUGGUAAUAGCCGAUGUAAUCGUUGUUGUUGAAAGUUCAGCCAACGUUACCUACCCCGAGAGCGCGAAGAAUGCCCUACACAAGGGCAAGGACGAUGCACAAUAUACGUACGGCCAAGAUGAUAUCGACUACACCAGACUGAGCUUCUUCUCCGCCAUUCUGUACUUCACGACGGUGUCCACGACGAAGCUGUCUAUCCUUCUCAUGUACAAGCGCAUCUUCUCCAUAGAUCGAUCCUUUCGCCUCCAGAUUAUUGCCCUGAUUGUCAUUACGGCCGGGUUCUGGAUCAGUAUGACCGUGAGCAAUCUACUGAACUGCAUCCCGAUCGAGAUGUCCUGGGUCCCGUCCGAUGACGAGUCGAAGUACUGCUUCAACUACAAUGUAUACUGGCUGGCAUGCGGAAUAGUCGAGUGUAUACUUGAUCUGGUGAUCCUAAUAAUGCCAGUAAGAGUGGUGUAUGGCUUAAAACUUAGCCAGGGGAGGAGGAUCGCUGUUGCCGGCGUGUUCCUUCUUGGUGUUUUUGUUAUUAUAUCCGGCAUAGUCAAGGUCGCACGCAGUUAUAUCCCUGGAAGCCGGCAGCUCGAUCUUACACAAACCUCGCUGUGGUCGACAGUCCACAUCUGCACAGGCAUCAUCUGUGCGUGUCUCCCGGUUUGCUGGCCUGUGUUCCUACGGAUGGUGAAGAGAGGGCCCCUUUCCAAGGCAUCUUCCGUGCCGUCGAAUCAAACACCGUGGUCUGGCGGAUCCGGUGGUCGUCGCUACCCCCAAGUCCGUGGCUCUCGGAGUGGGUCGAAGUCCAAGGAUCAAUCAACCGAAAUUUACAGCCCGCAGUUCGGUGGCAGCUCUGAUGUUCAUGAGCUGCUGGUUCGUGAUACGGAUAAGACAGGAUAUGCACCACCAUUAUAUAACCAGACGGGAUAUGCACCGCCAAUGCAUAAGCAGAUGGGAUAUGCGCCACAAGGGCAUACUGAAAUACGAGUCAAUUACGAUGGACAUGGGGGCUUAGCUCGAUGA